AUGUUGGUACCUUUGCUCUUUCUCCUAGUAUGGUGUCUGGAAGAAUCUAGGGCCUCAUCAGAACCCGACACUCGUAUUGUCGGAGGCAAAGAGGCACCAGAGGGGUCGAUACCUUGGCAGGUUUCGAUGAGGAACAUUGAAGGCACCGAGUAUCACUUCUGUGGAGGGUCCAUAAUUGGUAAACAGUGGAUAUUGACAGCCGCACAUUGUGUAAAAGACCGUAACAUCGACUCGUAUGAAAUCGUAGUUGGAUCAAACAAGCUGUCCUCUGGUGGGACUAGGUAUAAAGUGGAAUCGGUCAUUAUUCACAAAGACUAUAAUGCGGCAUUACUUACGGAUGAUAUCAGCGUGUUGAAACUAAAAGAAGAGAUUAAAUAUGCGGACAACAUCAAGGCUAUAAAGGUUGACGCUGGCUAUGUUUAUGGUAGAGAAAACGGUGUUGUAUCAGGAUGGGGAUAUAUUGAUGUAAGUAGGAAUUGUUACAUAAAACUGUUGAAUGUUAGAACUCUCUCCGUGAAGAAUUGUAGAAACAAAUUAAGGGAUGUCACCGGCCCGAAAUACACGAGGAAUGAAAUAUGCGCGUUGAAUAAAGAAGGAGAAGGUUUUUGUCAAGGUGAUUCUGGUGGGCCAUUGGUGAGGAACAAUAAGCUGGUGGGCAUGGUAUCCUGGAACGUGCCCUGUGGAAGGGGAUAUCCUGACGUUUAUACAAGAUUAUCCUCUUAUGCCAACUGGAUUAAAGAACAUACGAGGGAUUGA